AUGCUGGUGCUCGUUGAUAAUGUCAUCGACGGCAAACGCAGCAGCACCGUUAGUUCAGCGAAUUACGACGACAAGUCAAUCGCUAAGAAAACAGGUCUUUUCUUCAAGCUCUACUGGAGGGUCAUUAUCGUGCUGGGAUGGCCGUUAAUUCUCCUUCCUCUUGUUGUGCUUUACGAUGGCCUGCAGGCGAGAUGCGCUUUCGUGGUGGUAUUAAUGGCGAUGUACUGGGUAACGGAGUGUCUGCCGCUGCCGAUGACAGCUCUAAUGCCGCUCGUGCUGUUCCCAUGCCUCGGGAUCUUGAGUACCGCGGAGACGUGUCUGUGCUACAUGAACGAUACGAUCAUGGUGUUCAUCGGCGGCCUGAUCCUCGCCAUCUCCAUCGAGCACUGCAACCUUCACUUGCGCAUCGCCCUGGGAGUGAUGCGUUUCGUUGGCUGCAGCCACACCAAGCUCCUCGCUGGACUGUUCACCGUCAUCAGCUUCCUGUCCAUGUGGGUGUCGAACACCGCGUGCACGGCGAUGAUGGUGCCCAUCAUAUUCGCCAUUCUGCGGGAGCUCGAGGAGGCAGGUCUGGGCAAAGUGUUCGUUUACAAGGGCGACCCGGAGGAUCCGGAAAGCGAGCGAGAGCCGACCAAAGUGACGAAGGCCUACCUCCUCGGCUCGGCGUACGCGGCGACCUUCGCCGGCACCUCCACCCUCGUCGGCACCGGCACCAAUCUCACCUUCAAGGGCGUCUUCGAGAGCACUUUCCCGCGCGCCGAGGGUAUUAAUUUCGCCCAGUGGAUGAUGUGGGCUCUGCCGCAGUCGCUCGUUAACGUCUUUAUUACUUGGCUUUACAUGCUCGUGUUUUACAUGGGCCUCGGCAGACCACGUAGCCAAGACGCUCGCGACGCCACUAUUGGCCGCGAAGGAGAGGCUAUUGCCAACAGAUUGAUGCAGGAGAAAUACAAGGAACUAGGCAAAAUGACAUUUCACGAGACUGCGGUUUCGGUAUUGUUUGCCCUGUGCGCGACCCUCUGGUUUUUUCGACAUCCAGGUUUCAUGACUGGUUGGGCCGACAUACUCAAUUCCGUAGAUAUUCGAGACUCGACGCCUGUUAUGUUUGUGGCUACUCUGAUGUUUAUUAUACCCAAGGAGCCUUCCUUUUUGUAUGUAUGCAGUAAAGAUGCCAACAAGAGGCCGACAAAAUCCUCGGAAGGCCUAAUCACGUGGAAGGUCUUGGAAAGCAAAAUGCCAUGGAGCUUGAUGUUUCUUCUUGGCGGUGGCUUUGCUAUUUCCAAAGGUAGCAAUUCGUCUUGCCUAUCGAAGAACAUUGGCGAAGCUUUAACUCCUCUCAAAAAUCUCCCGCCAUUUCUAAUCCUCUGCAUCACUUGUCUGUUCACCGGCACCAUCACUGAAUUCACUUCCAAUAUUGGCAUUGCCAACAUCAUGCUGCCGGUGAUUGCUCAAAUGAGCGUGGCGAUAAAACUUAAUCCCCUGUAUGUGAUGAUUCCAUCUACGAUGAUCUGCUCAUACGCGUUUCGUCUGCCAGUGGGUACACCACCGAACGCGAUAGUAACAGUGGCAGGUCACUUGUCAACUAAAAGCUUAAUUGUGGCUGGUUGUGGUCCAGCGUUGUACAGUUUUGUAGUGGUUGUAGUAAUGUUUUCCACUUGGGGUGUCUACACCUACAAGAUCGAAGGCUUCCCAGACUGGGCAAUGAACGAGCCUACCACUACUGAGUGCCUAACUUAAUUAUUAAAAGCUUAG